AUGUAUAACAAGCAUGUUAAUGAAAAUAAAACUGAUCAAAAUGUUUCAUUGAAAUGGCAUCAUAUAACGGUUUACUCCCCAUAUCGUGGUGGUCUUUGGGAGCGAGCUGUCAAAACAGUUGAAGAAACGAUGCAAGCAAUGUCGUUUGGAAAAUCGUAUAAAUUUGAAGAAUUUGUAUCACAAAUAUCAGAUGUUCAAUACAUUGUAAAUUCUAGAUCUGGGGCCAAUGAUUUUGAUGCGCCUAUAACCCCUUUGAUGAUGCUUAAGGGGGAUAGGAACUUUGAUAUAUCAUCAUCAUCGGCUACAAUCAAUCAAAAUAAUAGUAAUACAACGAAUAAUAAUAAUAAUAAAUUACAUACUGGUUGUAAAAAACGUGGCCGUAAACGUAAAUUACCAAUUUCAAAUGAUAAUAAUAAACCGGUUGUUGUUAAUAAUAAUAAUUCUAAUGAUGAUCUCAGCACUACUACUAUUACUACUAUUGUUACUAAUCCCGUCAAACCUAUCAAUGAUAAUGAUAAUAAUCAAUUUAAUAAUGGUUCAAAAAUACAUAAAUCAUUCUCAUCAACAACAACAAACCAUCAAUCGAAUGGUCUCAAUCAAAAUUUAAAUGAUAUUAAAAUAUCAGAUAAACCGAUUAUAGAAUCGAUCACAUCAUCAUCAUCAUCAUCAUCACCACCAUCAUUGUCAUCAUUAUUAUCAUCAUCAUCGUCAUCGUCAUCGCCACCAAAAUCCAAUGGUUUAGAUAAUAGAAAUGAUAAAUGUAAUGUGAAUCAUACACAAUUGAAAAUUGUAAAUAAUUUACAAAAAUCGAUAAUUACGAAUGAAAAAUCCAUUGUAUCAUCAUCAUCAUCAACAACAACAGCAGCAGCAGCAGCAAAUGUUGGUGUUGGUAGUAUAAUUUCCGAAACAACAUUUAAAGCCAAUGAUACAAAAAUAUUGAAAACAACACCAGCAAAUGUUGAUAUUAAAUAUGAAAUACCUGAAGGAAAUUUAAUACGUGUAGAACCACGUCGUGGUAGACCACCAAAAAUUAAGCAAACAUCAACAUCAUUUACUACCAUUCAAAAUCAACAGGUACCAAGAUUAAGUCCAUUGGUUCUGUCAACAAAAUCAACAAAAAAAUUAAUCAAUGGAUUGUUCGCUUACUGUAUAAUGGACAAUCAACGUUCAAUACCCUACAAUCACACACACACACACACAUUGGCUUCCACACACUUCUUGACCUAACUCGUUGGCCAUCAAGCAAGUCGUGUUUUCAUUGAUUCCAUUAGCCAACACAGACUUUCAAUUUUCCUUUCACCUUUUUUGGAUACACACACACACACUACAAAUGAACACAAUUUAAUUUAAUUGAAAUGUAUUUUUUAUUUCAUAUUUAUAUUC